ACAGCAACGAAAACAAAAGCGACAACGACAAAAGAAACGGAUAACAAGAGACGAAAAAGUAAGGACUGAAAACAAUGCAGCCAUGAAAGAUACAGUGAACCAGACUACUACUACUACUACUACUACUACUACUACUACUACUACUACUGCUACUACUACUACUACUACUACUACUACAUAAUUACCCCAUCCUUCCCUCAAAACCACCCACUGGCCCUGAGAACCAAACCCUCGACCAUGAACGAGGGCCAACGAGCGGCGCUAAAACGCUACCACCAGCGUCUGGCAGAGGACAUUAUCGUGUCGGAAGACCUACUCGGGGAGCUGUACCAAGUGGGAAUCUUCGAGAAAGGCAUGAUUGACAUGAUCAGGGCUGAGAGGGCCAGCGACCAGGUGCACAAACUCCUGGUCCUCCUGCCCAAGCGAGGUCCGGAGGCGUUUGAGCGGUUCGUGGCGGUCAUCGAGAGAGACUACCCCUGGCUGGCCACAGCGCUCCUCUCCGCCCCCACCAAGACCGCUGCCCCGGCCACAGAGUCGCUGACUCACAGCAGGCACACGGCACUGGGACACCACUCCAAGC